GCCCUGCCGGGGUUGCCAUGGUAGCGGGUGGUGGGGCGGGCCGGCAGGGCGAGGCCGGAUCGGCGAGGCCACAACCCUGGGGCCGGGUUGGGGCUGGGGCUGGGGCUGGGGCUGGGGCUGGGGCUGCGGCUGCGGCUGCGACUGCUCGGAGCCGGGCCCGCGGGGCCGCAGGAUGGGCUGAGGCGGUGGAGGCCCUGACCAGGAAGAACUUCCGGUGCAAAUAAAUUUGUUCUAGAGAUAGAUUUCCAGCCUGGAGCAAGUGCAAAUAUAAACAUUUAUCUUUUUUUUUUUUUUUUUUUUUUUUUUAAUGAAGAACUAGAAACCAGUCUUGAAAAUGGAGAUGUAUGAAACCCUUGGAAAAGUGGGAGAGGGAAGUUAUGGAACGGUCAUGAAGUGUAAACAUAAGGAUACUGGGCAGAUAGUAGCCAUUAAGAUAUUUUAUGAAAAACCGGAAAAAUCUGUCAACAAAAUUGCAAUGAGAGAAAUAAAGUUUCUAAAGCAGUUUCGCCAUGAAAAUCUGGUCAAUCUAAUUGAAGUAUUCAGACAAAAAAAGAAAAUUCAUUUGGUAUUUGAAUUUAUUGAUCACACAGUUUUAGAUGAGUUACAGCAUUGCUGUCAUGGACUUGAAAGUAAACGACUAAGAAAAUAUCUUUUCCAAAUCCUUCGGGCCAUAGAAUAUCUUCACAACAAUAAUAUUAUUCAUCGGGAUAUAAAACCUGAGAAUAUUUUAGUAUCUCAGUCUGGAAUUACUAAACUCUGUGAUUUUGGUUUUGCUCGGACAUUAGCAGCCCCUGGAGACAUUUAUACAGACUAUGUGGCUACCCGCUGGUAUAGAGCGCCUGAAUUAGUAUUAAAAGAUACUACUUACGGAAAACCUGUGGAUAUUUGGGCUUUAGGUUGCAUGAUCGUUGAGAUGGCCACAGGGAACCCAUAUCUUCCUAGUAGUUCUGACUUGGAUUUGCUCCACAAAAUUGUGAUAAAAGUAGGUAAUUUGACACCUCACUUGCAGAAUGUUUUUUCCAGGAGUCCUAUUUUUGUUGGGGUAGUUCUUCCUCAAGUUCAGCACCCUAAAAAUGCAAGAAAAAAGUAUCCGAAGCUAAAUGGAUUAUUGGCAGACAUAGUCCAUGCUUGUUUACAAAUUGAUCCUGCUGAAAGGGUGUCAUCCACAGAUCUUCUGAAUCAUGACUAUUUUACUAGAGAUGGGUUUAUUGAAAGAUUCAUACCAGAAUUUAGGGCUAAGUUACUGCAAGAAGCAAGAAUCAAUUCAUUCAUAAAGCCCAAAGAGAAUUCUAAAGAAAUUGAACUCACUAAAGAAGACAGGAAAACAACCCAUGGAAAUACAUUGCCAAGUAGUUCAAUUAUAGGAAAGGAUGGGGACAAGGACAAAAAGACCAAGGAUAUAAAAGUCCGAAUUUUUAAAGUAAAAGGAGGGAAAGGAGACGUUUCUGAAAGUGAAUAUUACCAACGGGACAGUUCAGAAAAUUUUUAUACUCUUUCUCAAGAUAAUAAACCUGUAACAUCUGAAUCACCUAUCCCUGCAAAUCUCAACAAUGAUUCUAACAACAUGAAGGAAGAUGUCUAUGGAGGCGGGUGUAUGACUAUGCCACCCAUUAAUCCUAAUAGCAGUAAUUUGACUGCUGCAAAUCCUAACUCACAUUUCACCCACAUAAUUACAAGUAAUAAGCCAUCUGAAAAAGCUAAAAAGAGAAGGACUUCCUCACAGUCUCUUACACAGUCCAUAUCUAACAAGCAAGAGGAUGCAGGCUCUGUACAGAAUCAAACAGAGAAGAGCACACUUUAUGAGCGAACAGCUCAAAAUGACCAUAUAACAAAUGGGAAUAAAAGGAAACUGAAUCUUUUAAGGAAUGAUAAGAAAGAGAUACAUUUCCCAGAGCUGCCUUUCACAAUACAGUCCAAAGAAAUUAAAGGAAUGGAAGUUAAACAGAUAAAGAUGCUGAAGAGGGAACCAAAGAAAACUGACACAUCUAAAAUACCAUCUUUACUUAAUGUGGAUCAAAACCAGGAAAAAACAGAGUCUUCAAAAGAUGUGGCUAUUCAUUUUCGAAGAGGACCAUGACAACCCAGAUGACGGCUUGUGUGUGAACUGUAUUUAAUGCAGCAGAGUUGCUCAUGGUCAUCAGCUUUACUCCCUCUGAAUCAUCAAAGUCCAAUAGCAGGACAAGAAUCAAGAAGAUUGGUAACAGUCAGUGCAGUGAAUGAGCUUGGUGUCAUUGAUGCCUGAACAGGCUCUAAAUGCUCCACAGUGCCUACUUCAGCAGGCUUUGGAACAAAUUGUCCUCAUUCACCUGCAGGAAUAGUUGCCAGGCUGCAUCUCUACAAUGGUUGCUCUUGGGGAUGGUGGCCAUGGAUACUAAACUGGAAGCACUGCUAUUUCGAAGAGUCUGGGUUCAUGGUCCUGGUACAUCUCAAGGUCUGAGAAGCAAUGGUGAAGUAGGUGGUGGUGGUGAUGGUUGUGGUUUGACUUGCUUGCUAUAUGCUGCAAUCCUUUGCUACUUCAGAGUACUUUGAAGGUUUAGCAAAACUGGACUGUCUGACCUGUGCAUGGUAGUUGCUUGGAAGAUAGUGGGAAUAACUAGCUCAUUCACUGCAGCCAUAUCCCAUAGUAAUCACCAAGCAGACUGGUGUUCUGAAACCUGUUACCACUCCCAAAUAAUAUUGCUUUUGUAGUAUUUUGCCUGAAUUCCUAUUGAUGGCAGUUGGCCUCUUUUCCACAAUGAUUCUUCCCUUCCUUGGUGGCUACAGAGGCUAGACUAGGAGCAAGAAUGAUAGUUUAGGGGACACUGCUAUCCCCAGGGUCUCAGAUUUAGGAUUCUGAAUUAUCUCCCAUCAGGAUCCAUCUUGAAUUUUGAGGAUCUUUGAGACAUUCUGAAAGGAAUAUUUGACAGACAUUUAAAAAUUUGGUACUUGAGCUCUAGGGAGAAGUUGAAAAUGGAGAUAUAGAUUUGAGGAUAAUACACAAUGUGCAAUUUAAACCAUAGGAGUAAGAUCUCUAAAUGAGGAAGUACUGAUAGAAAAGUUGGCCAAGAACCAGAAUUUGUAAUACAUAUAUUUAAUGGAUGAGAGGAACAUAAAGCCAGGAAAGGAACUGUCAGAAUGACCUUCCCUCUUAUAUUUGACAUAGGGCCUGGUUUUAUAAUCCUGAUUCACUUAUAUAUCACAUAUUUGUUCUGGUUAUUUAACAUAUAUAUUCAGUAAGGGAUUGUGUCAUAUCUAAAAUUUUUAUUUCUUCUAACAACUAAGUCAUUGCUCUCUCCACAGAAGGGACUUAUGUUAUUGAAUGAAAGAUUAUAUUGUAUCAUAGAAGUCAACUGAGGAGAGACUAUCAAAAUAGCAAGGUGGUCAGCAGCGUCAAAUACUGCAGAGCAUUUUAUCAAGACAGAAAGGCUUGCCUAAACUGACUCCCAAAAGGACAGUCUUUAAGGUUGUGUGUCCCUUCAUAUAUCAGAUGUUCUUUAUAGCAUUUCCCAUUAAAUCUAACAUGUCUUUCCUCAAGUACAAAUAUGAUUCACAAAGAAUCUCCUAAUUGGAACUCAAGCAAAGAAAUUCAAUUAAUUAGCUUCAGCCUCCUCCAGAGAAAGAAGGCAAGGAAAUCUUUUUUCCCCCCUUUCUGAGAAGAAAUCACUUCUCUUUCUUCUUAACUUCCUUAUGUGUGUAAAGGAAUGAAUAAAAUUGUUCAUACUAUGAGUUCCUUAUGUAAGAUGUAUCAUAAUGUAAGGUGUGAGUAGUAUAGCUUCAGGUGAUGUGUUUCCAGAACCUUCUGAUAUUUAACUAUGGCAUUAUCCAGUUAGGCUCAGUCUGCAUAACAAGUUAUAUUUUACAUAUAUUUCUAUUAAUACUCAGCAUUGGAAAUUUCUCUGGAGCUAUUUCUUUUUCAGUUAUUAAAUAUAUUGAAUUAUUUUUUUAAAAAUACAAAAGCAAGAAAAUCUUUAAGAACUCUUACCUGAAGUACAAUUUCUACUACAACUUGAUCCUUCAUUUUACUCCUCACUUUAGGUCAUUAUGCCCAAGAUGUUUGGAUUAGUGGUUAAACAUCCAAUUGAAAAUAGCUGCAACUGCAUUUUUAAAAUAUGCACAAGAAUGGCUUUCAUGAUUUGAACAACUAGUCUGGUAAUGCCCUAAUAGCAUUCCUUUUGAAAAUUAGGUUUGGAGGUAAGGCCAUCUUUACUACUCAUAUUAAAUGAGCAAUUUUGGGUUGGCAUAAAGGUCUUGUGAUCCUUGUUAAACCAAGACACCAGCUUCAGAAAUUUAUUUUACUUAUGACCAAAGUACAGUAAAACUUAUAUGUAUCUAUCUUUGGCCUUGAAACCAAGAGAGAGAAAUGAGAAAGAGCACUCACUAAUUUGGAAUCUGAGGAUCUGGGUUCCUACACUACCUUGGGUACUUCCUGUGUGAUUUCAGAUCAGUUAACCUCCUUAUCACUAUAUUUCCCCAUCUUAAUGAUAAAAGACAGCUGAAGUAGAUGAUUCCCAAAGUCCUUUCUAAUUCUAAAUCUCAGAUUUUGUGACCAAAAAUAUGUUCUUUUGAGAGCAAGAGAGAUUGACAAGUCAAUCUGCUUGUUGGAAAGAUUGACACCCCGAUCCUCAAAUUUCCCAUUCUUGGCCUAAUCUACUUUCUUGAUGCCCAGUCUCCAUUCUGAGGUCCCAGCCAUUCCUUUCUAUUGAUUUUUUCAUUUUAAUGAGAUUUAUGAAGUCUUAGACCUAGAAAGCCAUCUCUUUCCACUUCAUAUCAGAAAUCCCUUUUAUUAAUGCAAGGGUUCACCUAGUAUCUGAAUAUCUCCAAUGACAAAGGAUUCUGGACUUCCUUCCAUGUGACAAUCCUUUUCACUGCUGGGAAAUUUUAAUAAGAUAGUUUUAAUCUUUCAACAUCUUUUUAUACCUUUCUAUUAGUAUGGGUCUUUCUAUUAUGGUGUCUGAAAAUGUGGGCCAUUCCAAAUUGUUGGCAAAUAAAAAAAGCAACAUAGACAUGCUUUAUUUGUAUUUCACUGACCAAAGUUUCCAAUUUGAUGACAUAAAAUAAUGAAAGUCAUGGCAUAAUUUAAGGGAGAAUAUUUUUUGUUGGAUACUGUCUGCUGACAGUUUUAUCCUAUAUCACAUAAACAUUGAAAUCCCAUUAUAAAUAGCAACAUACCAAUGAUUCAUUCCUGAUAAAUAAUACAGAAUGCUAAAUUCACUCAUUUUAUCUGUGUAAUCUCAUUGAAAUUAAAAUCUGGGGAUAGAUAAAGUAUAUAUUACUAUUAAAAAGGCUUCAAAGGAAAAUAAGCUUCAAAGGAAAAUGAUGUAGCAUAUCUCCUCCUCCACAUCCAUCUCUUGUUUUUGCUAUAUAUGAUGUUACCCAGCGCAAAGAACUGAACUGCUCAUAAAUUCCUGAUAUAUUUGUGUUGUGUCCUGCUUUCUAGAGUCCCCAAGUUGGGGUGACAAAUAUACCAUGC